AUACAAGAGCCAGACCUUGUCUAGGGCCUGUACCUACCCAUAUUGUUUAAUACAAGAUAUUGUAAAAGCUUCAAGCCUCUUUACUGUUGAUAAGUGCCAUUUGCAUACAAUGUAGUUUUGUACCAUCAUGUGUACUGUAUUUGCGCAUCAGUCAAUAUGACUGCCACGUGCAGAGAUGAUAGCCUCAGAUAGGGUCAAAGUUCACUGAGGCUACUAUUUUAGAGGGACUUCUAUUGCACUGAAGAUGGGCUGUAGGGAGGCUACUAUUUGAGGGCGGCCUUUAUACAAGAGCGGUCUCUGAUCAAGCAAAUACUGUAGUUAGUGUAUCCCCUCACAGGACAACUACAAGGAUCUGUUUGAUGCUACUCUGGUCUACUUGGACUCCUUUGACAACUAUGCCAACUUCCAAGAUAUUUAAUGUACAUGAACUACUCAAGAAAUGAACAAUAUAUAAUUAUAGACUCUGUUGAGUAUAACAUAUUUGUAUGGAAUAAUGUAUAGAGAUUAUUGACUUCCUUUUUGACACCUUUUUGUACAAUAAUAAUUAUCAUAGAACUCUUUAUUUAGUGUAAUCACGAGCACAGCUGUUUGUAAUCACCCUGAAUUCAAUGAUAAUAACCAAAUUAAUAACCAAUAUUAAUAGGGCAUGCAGACAUAAUUAUGACAGAUUACAUAACAUAUUUUACAUGGCCUUGAUUAUGGGAAAGUGUCUCUAUAUUAUAAGUAUAACAAUUUCUGUGAGCAUGCUGACUGGUCUCAUGUAGGGAUCCAAUACCUGCAGGCAAAACACAAGCAGUUUCAACACAUGUAUAUAACAUGUAAUAAUUAUAGUUGCAUUCAAUUUCCUUACAACAGUACAAUAACUACACUCACUUAAUUAUGAUAAGAAGUAGAUCUACACCCACUUGAAUGGGCCUAAGGCUAGCAGUACUGUACAUACAUGCACAGGGAGGUCGUAUAUAUAGCGCCACUGCAAUGGGCCUAAGGCUAUAAUUAUAGCGUGCGGUCUAUAAUUUACAAUUAAAGGGCCACAAGAUAUUGUAUUAUAGUAUAGCUGCAGCCUGCAACAACACAGCUAGCUAGCUAGGGAUACCUACUAACUGUCUACCAUUGAAGAGAGACUACCCAUGACCUCCAUGCUGUGUGGACUAGUGUGUGUGGUCCUGCUCUCUGGGCUCACUGCACUGGCAGGAGGACAGCAAGCUGACUGCCCUGACUUACCCUCACUGACCAAUGGGAUGAUUAUGUACAGUGCUGGAUCCCCUGACAACAGACCUCUCGGCUCUAGUGCUGUGUACUCCUGUAACACUAACUACACUCUUACUGGAGAUACUCUCACUGCCGCAGGAGGUACCAUGAUCACUAGGCCUAGGGUAUGUGUGAGUGGAGGGAGAUGGAGUGGGUCAGCUCCAACUUGUCAAAUGAACACAGUACCCACCACCUGUCCUGACCUGAUUGUACCAGCCAAUGGAAUGAUCAGCUACAAUAUGGGGACUGCUAGUCUGAGACCAGUGGACACUGUGGCCACCUUCACCUGUGACACUGGCUACACUCUCACUGGAGGUACCACCAGGGUCUGUGCUAGUGGUGGAGUGUGGAGUGGGUCACCUCCAACUUGUCAGCUUGCUUGUUUUGAUUUACCACCACUAAUGAAUGGAGUCAUUACCUACACUGAUGGACUUGCUGACAGCAGACCUAUUAAUACCAUUGCUACCUUCACUUGUGGCAAUGGCUACACUCUCACUGGAGGUAUCAGAGCUUGUCAGAAUGAUAGGACCUGGAGUGGAACAGCUCCAACCUGUCAAUUGAACACAGGACCCACUGAACCACCUACCACCUGUCCUGACCUCACUGUACCAGCCAAUGGAAUGAUCAGCUACAAUAUGGAGACUGCUAGUCCAAGACCAGUGGACACUGUGGCCGCCACCUACACCUGUAACACUGGCUACACUCUCACUGGAGACAGCAUCAGUACUUGUGGGAGUGGUGGAGUGUGGAGUAGUACUGAUGCCCCAGUGUGUCAGACUAACUGCCUUGACUUGCUUCCAUUGAUCAAUGGGAUGAUUAUUUACAGUGAUGGUUCUACUAACAAUAGACCUUUCAGCUCUAGUGCUGUGCACUCCUGCAACACUGGCUACACUCUCACUGGAGGUACUUUCACUGUAGGUACCACCAGGUUCUGUGUGAGUGGUGGGAGAUGGGAUGGGUCAGCUCAAACUUGUCAAGGGCCCACUGAUCCCCCAACCACCAUCUGCCCUAACCUUACUCGACUACCCAAUGGGAUGAUCACGUACAGUGCUGGUGGAUCUACUAACAACAGACGAGUGGGCAGUACAGCUGCUCACUCUUGUGACAGUGGCUACCGUCUUGAUGGAGAGGUAAUGAGGACUUGUAGGAGCGGAGGUACCUGGAGUGGGUCAGCUCCUGUGUGUGAGCAGCGAACUUGUUCUGAUUUACCACCACUAAUGAAUGGAGUCAUUGCCUACACUGAUGGACUUACUGACAGCAGACCUAUUAAUACGUCCAUUGCUACCUUCACUUGUGACAAUGGCUACACUCUCACUGGAGGGAGUGUCAGAGCUUGUCAGAUUGAUGGGACCUGGAGUGGGUCAAAUUUCACUUGUCAAUUACCUCCUGUCUACGUCUCCAUGGGAACCACCAACUAUGCUGCUAAUAACUCACAGGUUGCCAUAGACACCAUCGGAGAUACCACUGAGACAGCAUUGACUUGCAGAACUGACUCAACUAUUUGCUGUACAGGACAAGAUAAUCUCAAUAGUGCCAAUGGAUUAGGAGAUUGGCUGUUUCCGAAUGGAACAGUUGUCACUAGGAGACUGGACAUUACUGAUUCAAACACUGAUCUACUGUACAGUGUUGGAGAUACAGGUACACUCAGACUCCAUCGUCGAGGGUCUGUGUCAGGCCUCACUGGCUCCUACUGCUGUGUGAUUCCUGAUAAUACUGGAAAAGAUGUGACAUUCUGUGUGCAGUUAGACCUUGGUGACACUGGAGCUGACAACACAGGAGGUGUGGUGGCAGGUGUAGUCAUUGUGUUACUCAUUCUAGCCGCUGUCAUUGUGGUGGGUAUCAUUGUCGGGGUCUACUUCUGGAGGAAACUUCGUGGCAACCAGACCAAGUACAGCCCCUCCCCACGCCAUGCCCCUCCCCCUCGCCCCACCCCCUAUCAAGCAUCCUUCAAGAAGAGCAACGGACAAGACAGUAAAGUCACCAUUGAGAAAGUUGACGAGCCUAGUAUAGUAGAGUUUCCUAGUGAUACUCAUGUGACGGAGGGGGAGGAGGUGUAUCUGAGGGUGAAGGUGGGAGGUCACCCUCCACCCAGUCUCACCUGGUACCACGAUGGUAGGGAGGUGACUGCAGACUAUGCCACAGAACUGGACCAGGACGGUGGAAUAUCCUUCCCUAGUGUGGAGACUAAGCAUGCUGGUGUGUAUAAACUGGUGGUUACUGGAGCCUCAGGGUCAACAACACAACAGGUCGUCACGGUAACAGUGAUGAGUGAGGGUGGUGAGGCUAGUGAGGGGGUGGACUACGCCCCCAUACCUGUGACAGAGUUUGGAGCGUACGUGGCUGACCUCCAUGCUGGCAGCAAUAAGAAGUUCAAAGAUCUUUACAAGAAUCUGGACAGUGGGGAGAGGGGUCAUCCAGUGAUUAUUUCAGUGACUCCUGAGAACAAACUCAACAACAGAUUUGGCAACAUUGCUGUGUAUGAUGACAACCUCAUUAUCCUAGACCCCAUCCCUGGACAAGAGGACUGUCAGAGUGACUACAUCAAUGCCUGCUAUGUAGACGGAUACAAGAAACCUAAAAAGUUCAUCGCAACACAAGGGCCACUGCCAGGAACUCUGGUGGACUUCUGGCGUCUCAUGUGGCAGGAGAGACCACCCAUAAUAGUCAUGCUCACCAACCUCAUGGAGAACAACAAGAUCAAGUGUCAACAGUACUGGCCAGAGUCUGGGAAGAAGCAGUUUGGACCAUUCACAGUGGCCAUUACAGAUCAGCAGAUACUGGCUGACUACACCAUCAGGACACUGGAGGCUUCAUUGGAUGGAGAUCGUCGUGUGCUGAGAGUCAAGCUAUUCCAUUUCACUGCCUGGCCUGAUCACGGUGUGCCUGACUAUGCCACGCCCAUUCUUGGGUUCCAUCGUCGAAUCAAGUCUCAGCACAAGCCAUCGAAAGGUCCUAUUUUGAUCCACUGCAGUGCUGGUGUGGGACGCACAGGCACUUACAUUGCCAUUGAUAAUGUCCUCGAUCAGAUCUCAGUCGAUGGUCUCAUCGAUAUUUCCGGCACCAUUGUCAAAUCUCGCAACCAGAGGAUGAAGCUUGUACAAACACAGGACCAGUAUGUGUUCAUCCACGAUGCUAUCCUGGAGUCAGUGACGUGUGGAGACACUCAGAUCAGUGCUGGAGAUCUGCGCAGACAGAUACAGAAGAUGUCAUUAGUGUCCCCGGGAAAAACCAUCUCAGAUUUCCAAUACCAGUUCCAAAUUAUGGAACAAGUUACUCCAAAUCCCAAAGAAGUUCAAAGUCCUAUUGCUGUUAAGAAUGCUGCCAGGAACAGGAACAUGGACUAUCUGCCACCUGAGACCAGUCGUGUGAUUCUGAAGGGAGAGCAACCUGACUACAUUCAUGCUGUGUUUGCUCAUGGCUACAAGCACCAGAAGGCAUACAUCAUUGCCCAGAAUCCACUGGACUCAACUGUGCGUAACUUCUGGAAAGUGAUCUAUGACAGGAAGUGUGCGGCUGUUGUGAUGUUGACUCCACUCAGUGAGAAUGGGCAGGAGGCAUGCUCCCAGUACUGGCCAGAGAGUGGCAAUGUCACCUCCUUCGGUGAGUUCACCAUCGAUAACUUGGGGGAGGAAACCAACACUGGGUUUGUUAUGAGGCAACUGAGCGUCCUCAAUGAAAAGACCCAAAAGGCCCAUCAAUUGACUCAGUUCCACAUCACUAACUGGAAGAGCAGUGGAAAGUGUGAGAACCUCAAGACUGUAACUGACGUCAACGAGGAGGUUAUAAAGGUUCAAAGGAGGACUGGAAACAAGCCUGUACUGGUCCAUUGCAAUGACACUGCGACCCGCUCUGGUAUGUACUGCUCUGUAGCUACUACCAUUGACCGUUGCAAGACAGAGGGAGUGGUGGAUGUGUUCCAGGUGGUCAAGGCUCUCAGGGUCCACAAGCCAGGGGCAGUACCCUCAGUCGACAACUACAAGGAUCUGUUUGAUGCUACUCUGGUCUACUUGGACUCCUUUGACAACUAUGCCAACUUCCAAGAUAUUUAAUGUACAUGAACUAACACAAGAAAUGAACAAAUGUAAUUAUGGACUCUGUUGAGUAUAAUAGAUAUGCAUGGACAGGCCUGAAUAAUAUAUAAAGAUAUUGACUUCCUUUUGACUAUACCUUUUUGUAGAGCUCUUUUUUUGUAUAAUCACCACAGCUAUUUGUAAUCACCCUGAAUUCAACUUGAUGUUUUUAAAAAUAACAGAUAAUAGCAUGUG